AUGACUGGGAUCGGAAAUAUGCUGAAAUUAUUUCAAGACAAGGGGGUGCUUCCUGUUGAUGGGAUGGUGGAUCCGGAGGAUUAUGAGGCUGCAAAGGCUAAUUCUAUGAAGUUCAAGGAGAUAUUUGUUGGGUUGGCGAAGGAUGAAGAGGAGAGGGACUUAUUCAAUAAGCUGUGGCCGUACCAGGAUCAGGAAUCCGAGAAGCCGGAACAUCAUCGUGGAGUGGAUUCCCAGGCUUUCAGCCAUUACUGGGAGACACUCAAGGGAAGAGAGGUUGAUGCCAACAAGUGUGCCGGGUUGGGUGGUGAACGUGGCAUGUAUCCAUCCGGGCGGGAUAUAAACGACCUUUGUAGAGUCGACUUGAGCAACAAGGCCUUCGUGAAACUGACUGGAGAUUUUGGUGACACGACUAGUUUCACGCAGUGGUCUGGGUAA